AACCUGUCCGAUCGUUACAAAAUUUGAAAACCAAUCGUGUUCUUAAUUUUUUCUGUAAACCUUUUUCCUUAAAUAAACUACUCAUUUUAAAAUCCCCAUACGCCAAUAAUGACCCAUCAUUCCUUCCCUUUUCCUCGCUAUAAAUAUCAUGUUACCAAUGAAAAGUCACCAAUUCUGGUUACAUUCAUCAAUCAAUCUAUCAAUCAAAUCCCUAAAGAGAGAUCUCAUUUCAGAAUAUGGCCUCCCUUUGUGUUCCUGCAAAUCUCCCUGAUGUUGCUGAAGAUGUUGAACAACUUCACAAAGCUUUUUCUGGUUGGGGAACAAACGAGGAUUUGAUCAUAACAAUAUUGGGUCACAGGAAUGCAUACCAAAGGAAGUUGAUCCGUGAGGUUUAUGCUUCUACUUAUGGUGAAGAUCUGCUUAAAACCCUUGACAAGGAGCUUACUAGUGAUUUUGAGAGGGUAGUUCAUUUGUUUACCCUGGAUCCUCCAGAACGUGAUGCAUUUUUGGCUAAUGAAGCUACUAAGAAGUUUACUUCUAGUAAUUGGGUACUUAUUGAAAUUGCUUGCACUCGAUCUUCUGAGGAUCUCUUCAAUGCUAGACGAUCUUAUCAUGCCCGUUACAAGAAAUCUCUUGAAGAAGAUGUAGCUCAACACACUUCUGGAGACUUCCGCAAGCUCUUGGUUCCUCUGCUGACUUCAUACAGAUAUGAAGGUCCAGAAGUAAACACACAUUUGGCCAAUUCAGAGGCUAAGAUACUCCAUGAGAAGAUCUCACACAAGGCUUAUAAUGACGAGGAUUUGAUUAGAAUCAUUGCUACAAGGAGCAAAGCACAGCUAAGUGCCACGCUCAACGCCUACAACAAUGACUAUGGUCAUGCUAUUACCAAGGAUCUUAAGGAGGAUCCGAAAGAUGAUUACUUGAAGUUGCUUAGGGCAACUAUCAAGUGCCUAACCUGCCCUGAGAAAUACUAUGAGAAGCUCCUUCGUCUUGCUAUAAACAAGAUGGGAACAGAUGAAUCUGCUCUGACUAGAGUCGUGACUACACGUGCUGAAGUGGAUUUGAAACGCAUCAAGGAAGAGUAUUAUCGCAGAAACAGCGUUCCUCUAGAUCGCGCUAUUGCCAAGGACACUAAUGGAGACUAUGAGAAAAUGUUGAUUGCCUUGGUUGGUGCCGAAAGUGCUUGAGGAACAUAUAGGAUUCUAGAGGGAUGGGCUCCUGCUGGACUUAAGUUUCUGAGAGAGUAUGCUUUGUGAAAGACGCUGUUAUGGUUGAAUUUUUCCGUUUUUUAUGUGGUUCUUGAACUUUUGGAUGAAUAAAGAUUACAAUGCUUAUUAUCAGCCCAUACUUUAUUGCUUAAUUUUAAGACACAAA